GCCUUCCGGCGCAGCCGCAGAUGGUUCAGUUGCACUCGCGUCAGGCCUGUGUCGGUGUGUGGCGGUGCCACCGGAGCAUCCGGAGCCCAGUGUGUUUCCCGGCGGUGCGCAGCAAUGCGCCGCUGAAGAUAAAACUUCACCAGCGAUGUAGAGCCAGGAGCUUUCGCGUAACUUUAACCCGAGAAGAUGUCAGAUGUCACCAAAACCGUCCAGAAAUGGCAUGCGAGUUUUAAAAAGGGCACGGACUUUGAUUCGUGGGGGCAGCUGGUGGAAGCCAUCGAUGAGUAUCAAAUACUCGCCAGGCAACUUCAGAAAGAAGUGCAGUCGUCAAACUCGCAUGAUUUCUCAGAGGAGCAGAAGAAGACCCUUGGGAAGUUUGCAACAUGCCUUGAAAUGCGAAGUGCGUCCUUACAGUGCACACAAUCUCAAGAAGAGUUCAAGUUAGAAGACUUGAAAAAACUGGAGCCCAUUAUUAAGAACAUUCUGACUUACAACAAAGAUUUCCCUUUUGAUGUCCAACCAGUGCCUUUGAGGAAGAUUCUUGCGCCGGGUGAGGAGGAGAACCUGGAGCUGGAGGAGGAGCUGGACGCUGCGACUGGAGCAGGUUCAACUCCAUCAUUCCCUUCAAGGGUUCCAGGCACGCUGUUGCCACGGUUACCCUCAGAGCCUGGGAUGACUUUGCUUACGCUGACGAUAGAGAAGAUCGGUCUGAAAGACGCAGGACAGUGCAUCGACCCGUACAUUACAGUCAGUGUUAAAGAUCUCAACGGUAUAGACUUGAACCCAGUUCAGGAAACGCCAGUGGCCACGCGGAAGGAGGACACGUAUAUUCAUUUUAGCGUGGACGUGGAAAUCCAGAAACAUGUAGAAAAACUACCAAAAGGUGCAGCUAUUUUCUUCGAAUUCAAACACUACAAACCCAAGAAAAGAUUCACAAGCACUAAGUGUUUUGCUUUCAUGGAAAUGGAUGAAAUCAAACCAGGUCCCAUUGUUAUAGAACUGUACAAGAAACCCACUGACUUCAAGAGGAAAAAACUCAACCUCCUGACAAAGAAACCACUUUACCUGCACCUCAACCAGACUUUGCACAAAGACUAAACCAAGAGGUUAUAUUUCUCAGAUACGUCUGGUGCAUCGCCUCUCACGUUCCUUGCAAUAUCGGAUGCUUUUCUUCAUAUCUCCAGUCUGAAGUUUGGGACACAGCCUGAUUUCUCCGUGGUGCUUCAUCCGAGAGAGAGACGAGUGUUUGAAAUGGAAACUAUUUCAGAAACUGAACUGUGUAUAAAUGCUCUGUAUGAUGAGUUCUGAUGGAAACCGAUGGAUAAAACACAACUCCCCAAUGGUUUCUUAUAUUUUUAAUGCAUAACAGGAACCGCUCGCCCUCAUCUUCCAAACCUGUAUGCUGCUGUUAAUGUAUUAUUUGAAAGUCUCUUUUGCAUGAAAUGUCAUUUUAUAGUCUUUAAAGACAGAAAAAAGACAAAGCACCAAUUAAACAUCAUGAAAAACAAUCCAUUUUAUGUUCUACGUUUCCUUAAACCAUACGAAAGCUUUGCAGAUUUAAUAUUAAACUGUUAUUCAGUGAAAACCUCCAAUAUUUAUGUUUGGUUAUGAUCUGUUGAUUCUUAAAACCGAUCAAAUCUGAACAUAUAACUUUGGUUUAUAAUAGUAUGCAUACUGUAUACUGUGGGGGAAAAACAGCAUACAAAUUUGGAAUUAUAUGAGGGUGAGUAAAUAAUGACAGAAAAUUAACGUUUGAAUGAACUAUUCCUUUAAAAAUGUUGUUUAACAGACAAGUUUAUUGCUUUUAAUGCUUGCAAAUGCUACCUACAUGGAGUACAUGAAAACCCUAAACAUCUCAAAUAUAUAAAUAUGUCGGUUUUUUCUUUAGACUUCUAUCAUUUAUUUUUGCCACAGCAGUGUUAAUAUUAUUCUGUUAUACUCUCAUCACAAUGACUUUUUACAGUACUCUUUAAAAGAUAUUCCAGAACUCAUAAUAGAGAAUUCAGAAGUUUAAUUAAAUAUGAAUCCAGUAAAUAUGAACUUAUAUGACCAUAGAGUGUUAACCAAGUUUGCUGAAAGAUUUCUGAAGUUUGUCACUAGCUCGGCUAACUUUUAAUGCUUAUUUCAUUACGUGAAUUUUCCAGAUUAAAAAAAAAAACGAAUGAUGAUGCUCACACACAUCGGGUUGUUUAAUUUAAUGUCAUGUCAGUGGUGGAGUCUCGGAAUCAACUAAAUGGUUAAAAAGUAUUGCAUUUGUGUGAAGACUUUAUACAUCAUGUUGUUUGACGGACGUUACCGAUCACUGGUGUGUAUUAAUACACAGCUUUUUCGAAUGUCUCAUUUCUAAUAAAUGACGAUGCUGCUUGAA